AUGUUAAGAAGGAAAACUUACACAGAAAAUACGCACUGGAGUCGAACAUAUGAGAAUGAAAACAAAACUCGGCUGAAGGAGCCGGAAACUGCGUCAACUAAAGAUAGACUGGAACGGCUUGGUUACACGACUGGUUAUGGAAGCUUAAAUGGAUACCCUAGUAGCUCAGGACUUUCUGCGUAUAAUCCCAUAAAACUGGAUCUAGGUGGGGUUGUGCUGGGCACCCUUGUAGGUAUUGGUGCAAUAAUUCUAAUACCGAAAAUAUUGUCAGCAUUUCAUGGUGGAUACGGUGGCUACGGACGUAGUGAGGAUGAAAAUGACUUGGAUUCCUUAGGCAGUAUGAUAAGCAAAAUUGAAAGUGUGCUUGGGCAAAAUAACAUCGACUCAACAAGCUGCAUGCAACGCGCUGUCUGUGGCUAUGUGCGGUCUACGGAAAAGAAUAUAAAGUCUGGAGUAUCCGACCAAGUGGAUGAAUUUAUUCACAUGCUAUCCAGAAAUUCGCUUGUAGACUACCUUUUGGACGGAACUGCAAUUAAAGAAGCAUUGGAACAUGGAAAGGAAACAAAUGAAAAGGCAUGUGAAGAGCUUUACCUAUCGUGUCCAUUAGAUAGUAAAUCGGCCACCAACAUUCUUAUGAAACUACUACCCAAGAAACAAAAACUUGCAAAGUUAAAAUCUACAGAAAUUGAUACCGAACUAAAAGCAUAAAAUUUGUUAGAGGAAUAUAAAUUAUAUAUUAUGUAAAAGAUACAAUUU